AUGGAUGACCCAUCCCUAAUCGGCGGUGUCGUUCGCGGAGCAUGCGGCGCUGUCGGUGGAGGCGGCGGUGUUGGAUUUGCUCCGAUCCGCUAUGGCUACAACGCCGCCGGCGAUACGGACCUUGCCACAACGAUAUGCUGCUACUGUUGCUUCUGCUGCUGCAUACUAUUCUUCCUACUCGUCUUCUCCUCCGCUCGCGUGGUCACCCGCGCGGUGCCUACACCCGUCGACACCACGUUCGAGAAGUGGGCCGUCGUCUGCGACGCGCCGCAUUGUGCAGACGUCGCCAAAGAGAUGUUCGACAAGGGCGGCGCCAUCGGGGACGCCGCCGUGGCCGCGCUGCUGUGCAUGGGCGUGACUGCGCCACAUGUGACCGGCAUAGGCGGUGGUCUAAUGGCCGUCCUUUACGACAAGUCCACGAUGAGGGUUCAAGCCCUGGACGCCCUGGGAGUGUCUCCGGCAAGCGUCACACCGGAUAUGUUUUCAACCAACGCCUCGGUGUUGAAACGCGGUGCCAACGCUCCGAUCGUGCCUGGCGCGCUGGCAGGACUGAAGGCUCUGCACACCAAGGUGGGCAAGCUUCCCUGGAAGGCCGUGUUCCAGCCGGCCAUCCGCUUGGCCAAGGAGGGCUUCACCGUCGGAUCGCACCUUGCCGCCGCCCUGGCGAACAACGAGAAUGUACUGAGCGUGUCGGCUUCCCUCAGGAAGCGAUUCUCGAACAGCGCCACCGGCACUCUCUUGCGCCGCGGGGACAAGCUCGUCCAGGCGCGACUCGCCGAGCUGCUGACGAAGCUGGCCGAACACGGCCCGGAGUACCUUUACCAACAUGAACUCGCCGACGAGAUCGAAAAGAACGUUACGGACGCCGGUGGGUCCCUCAAGAAAAGCGACCUGUCGGGAUACCAACCCGUCUGGCAGGAUCCGCUGUCAUCCAGGAUAGGGGACAGCCAGCACAUACACUCGGCUCCCAUUCCGGGCGCCGGCGUUGUGCUAGCCGUGGCCGUCCACAAGAUAAACGUGGCUUUCGUGGAGGCCUUGAAGUUUGCCUUGGCAAAGCGGCCGGAGCUUGGAGACGAUCAAAACGUCAAAGACAGGCAGACUAGCAUGGUGACCGACGUAAUCGGAUUCGCUGCGCAAAAUUACGACAAGACGAAGCCCCUGGCAUCGCCACAAAAGUACGGCAUCAAGUACGCGCCCCAGGCGGACUUUGGCGGCGCGCAGCUGACUAUCGUCGCGCCGAAUGGCGACGCUCUGUCUGUCACGUCCGGGCUCAACGGAAUGUUCGGGAGUGGCUUCGAGUCCUCGUCCGGACUGCUGCUCAAUAAUUACAUGGACGCAUUCGCCAUGCCUCGAAAGCAGUUCAACCUGGACCCAUCACCGGCGAACCAGUUGGGUCCCAGCAAGAGGCCCAUGACGUCCAUGGUCCCCACCAUCAUCACCAAGUUUUCCACGCCUUCCGAGCUGGUGGGCGCCUUCGGCGGCAGCGGAGGCCUCCCGGCCAUCUCUGCAGUGGCGCAGCUUAUCACCUGCGUUCGCAAGUACACGCUGCCUCGCUGCGUGUGGAACGAUGCGCGUGUGCAGCCCACCUUUCGUUCUACUACGCCCAACUCGGUGUUUGCGGAGCCCAAGACCGAGCACUUCGACCCGGUACGUGUACGCUGUCGCUCUGAGGGCCAUGAGAAGUGUCUCAAGCACGUAUCCCUUCUUCACCAGUUGGGCGACAGCGUUACAGAGAAGACCAUCAUGUCUGCAGCCACGGGCAUCAUCGUCACAAAGAGCGGCUCUCUUCUGGCACCCAACGACAUGAAGCAUGUUGAUGGCAGCCGCUCGGGAGCAUGA